AUGACAAAGGAGAAACCUCUGCCAAAACUGUUGCCCUGCCAUCCAGUUUACACUGUGAACAACAUACAAAACAAAGUUCGAGUUUUAGAUGGCACCAAGGUAACAUAUUCAUCAUGGGUGAAAUUGUUUCAGUUAAAUGCUCGUGGCUACAAGGUUCUUGAUCACAUUGACGGAACCAAGCCACCGGGAAAGGAAGAUCCCAACUACGAGUCAUGGAUGGAGAUAGACGCAAUUGUGCUUCAGUGGAUCUACGGAUCCGUGUCUGAUGAAAUUCUUGUUCGCAUUCUUGAACCUGAGUCGACUGCUCUUGAAGCAUGGGGUCGUGUCAAAAGUAUUUUCUUGAACAACAAAGGAUCCAGAGCCGCCGCCUUGGAACAUGCUUUUACGAACCUCACCCUGAAAUCCAUGCCCUCGCUGCAAGCCUACUGCCAGAAACCGAAGGAAAUUGCGGAUCAACUCUCUGAUGUGGAAAGUCCGGUUAGUGAAAAUCGCCUAGUUAUUCAGCUUGUUCGUGGAUUACCGCCUGAAUAUGACACUGUUGCUGCCCAACUUAAUCAAACACUUCCAUCUUGGGAAGUCGCUGUGAAUCUGCUAGAUCUGGAAGAACGUCGUCAAUCGGCACGGGAAACCCCGGUUGCUGCAGCUGCUAUUGAACCUCCUGCCCCUGCCCCUGAACCCAACCCACAACCUCAGCGUCGUGAUAAUGGGCCUCGUGGCCAACCCAGGUACAACAAUCAGCAGCGCCGCCCACUCGCAACCCCAAAGUAG